AUGUUCACGCAGCCCGUCUCGUCGCCGCCUCCAGGCCCGUCGCCCGCGGCCUCGACAGCAACAUCACGUCCCAGCCGUCUGCGCGGCCUCAGCUACCUGCGCAACUACACACAAAACCAUCUGCUUUCCCGCGACGGCCACCACAGCGCCGGAGUCAGUCCCAGUGCGAGUGGCAGCGGGAGCACGUCCCCUGGCCGACACACGGCCAACCUCACGCGAUCGCUCAGCCAUUCGCCAACCACGACUGGUCCACCGCCGCCCGCCCAGAUCAACCACUUGACCCUCGUCAGUUCCACGCCAGACCCCGUGAGGAUUUCUCUGGCAGCCGCGACGUCAGCCUCAUCCACCACCACGCCGCCUGUGCCCGCUCUUCCUUCGCCCGUUCCCCUUGCAUCGCCCACGGCGCCGUCGACUUCUUCUUCAUCGUUGCAGCAGACUCAUUCGGCCUCCGACGCCCAGAACCCCGCUGCCGCAGAUUCCUCGCCCGCCGCUGCAGAUCUCGCCACGACGUCCACCACCGACGACCCGGCCGCCAUGACGAGAAAUAGAGCCUCAACCGCCGGCGACGCCGUUUCCAACGCUCCCGACACCAUGCCUUCCAUCCGCUUCUCCGCCUACUACGACCCGCGAUCCACCCGCCCGUCCCUUACAUUCCCGCCAAUCUCCAGGACCUUGCCCACCGGAUCGGAAAAGAUCCGCGUCGGUCGUUACUCUGAGCGGGACAGCCAUUCCAUGGCCAACCUGCCUGGCAACCAGCCCUCUGCCGCCCCGGUCGGCUUCAAGAGCAAGGUCGUCAGUCGCCGACACUGCGAAUUCUGGUACGAGGAUGGCAAGUGGUACAUCAAGGACGUCAAGAGUUCAUCUGGCACCUUUCUGAACCACAUCCGCCUGAGUCCUCCAUCUCAGGAGAGCAAGGCGUUCCCCGUCAACGAUGGUGACAUCGUCCAGCUGGGUAUUGAUUUCAAAGGCGGCGAGGAGAUGAUCUUCCGCUGCGUGAAGAUGCGUCUAGAACUCAACAGGGGAUGGCAGAACAAGCUCAACACCUUCAACAUGGCGGCCCACAAGAGGCUACAGACCAUGGCCACCAGUGGAGCGGCCGGUUCCAGCUCUCAGGAUUGCUCAAUAUGCUUGAGUUCCAUCGCACCUUGCCAAUCCUUGUUCGUGGCACCUUGCUCACACACUUGGCAUUUCAAGUGCGUGAGAUCGCUGCUCAUGUCACCCCAAUACCCCAUUUUCAUCUGCCCCAACUGCCGCGCCGGCGCCGACCUCGAAGCCGACGUGGACGAACUAGCCGAAGAGUGGGAACAGUUGAAGAGCGAAGGGGAGGCGGAGGCAGAAGCGGAGAAUCGAGUCGACGCCACAUCUGGGACCGAGAUAGCGCCUGCAGUGCCUAUCGCAACACCACCAGAGCCCGUAACACCAGAGCCUGAACUCUCAGACGUCCACGAUAUCGAUGCCAUGGACGUGACGGUCAAUAUUACACCGGAGAGCCCGCAGCGAGGCAACUUACCGCACGCCGUCUCCGAACCUCUGCCGAUUAGAAACUCAGCAUCAGGGGCUGGCCGACACAUUGCCUUGCGAGAUAGCCGCACGCCAUCACCACCAGGACUGACACCUGGCGUCGAGGGGCCCAUUACUCCGAGGAACAACGCCGGACCCUGGGUCUUUGAUGGGAGCGCCGGCCGCAACGCAGAUGCGACGACUGCAGAGAUGCGGAGCCUGGAUGCUGCUGCAGAUAUGGACGUGAACGGAUCUCGUCCCAGCGACGACUCAGGCUCCCGAUAG